GAAAUGGGAAAAUCGACUUGUUGUUGAUGUCAGAUGUUGCCGUAGCCAAUCUAACGUCUUGAAGGUUUUUAUGUCUUAAUAGCAACACAAAUUGUAUUGUCACAAAGUAAAAAUUAUACUGUUUGCAAACAAUGGCAAAAUUAUGUUUUAUUGCAAUAGCAUUUCUUGCGCAUUUGGCUGUCGCUGAAGCGGAUACCUGCACAGCUGAUGACUAUGAGUACCAGUACACCCAGUGUGAUGAAGAAGGCCACAGAUGGAGGGUGUCUGUACCCAGUAGGGACUGCACUCCAGGGGCAGACCACAAUGACAUUCCACGCAGGGGACUGGACUGUGACUUUGAAUGCCCCGUGGGUCAUUAUCUGGACAUGGCCAGUCAGCAGUGCAAGAACUGUGCCGCAGGCACGUAUUCCAGUGGCAGUUCGGCGCAGUUUGAUGACUGGGAGAAGCUUCCCGCGGGUUUCUCUGUGAGCACGGAGUCACUGAGCAGCUGGGAACUAGACAGUGAGCCAAUCAACUGCUCUAUGCAUGCAUGGACACCCAAGGGUUCGUAUGUGGCAGUGCUGCCUUCAGAGUGUGUGUCCAAGCUGGUCUACAGCGUGAGUCUCGUCAAGGCCGGCCACCUGACCUUCCAGUACCAGAACCCUGGCGACUCCGCCAUGCUCUUCCAUGUCAAUGUUCAAAAUGACCAGUGUCAGUCGGCCAAUGACAAAGAUUCUACUGUAUACCCCAAGCAGACCAACGAUGGUAGCUGGAAAUCAGCAACAGUGAAGUUGAAGAGCGGGUUCAACGUGAUCACAUGGUACAUCCUGGGGAUGGAGGUUACGGAUGACGUGUCCCCAGUGCUUGUCAGGGACAUACAUGUCACUGGUGCUGCCUACACAUCAGACUGCAGCAAGUGUCCCGCGGGGACGUACAGCAGUGAGGGGGCAGAGAUGUGCUCACCCUGCCCCAUCAACACGGCCUGCAAGAAGGGCACCCAGGUCCCUGAGAGGUGUGAGUCGGAGACUCAGUAUGCACCAAUUGGAUCGUCGGAAUGUAAAACAAGACCUGCCUGCUCUGAAGUAGACUUCUACCAGUCCAUGAAGCCCUGUGUCAAUAACAAGACGGCUAUCAUCUACUCGUGGAUCGAGCCCAGGAUCUGUAACCCGACCCUGCCAGGCUCCACCCAACUCCCCGCGGAGACUGCGUCGAUAGAUUGCAUGGCAUGUAACCCAGGCAUGUACCUGGAUCCUGCUAGCAAUACCUGCACGUACUGCCCAGAGAACCACCGGUCUGACGGUCAGGAAUGUGUGGCAUGCGCGACUAACACCGCCCCGGACUAUGGCUACAGCUUUGUGCGCUGGAACAGUAUACCUCAGGGCAUUAAAACCAUGUGCAUUCCAUUCUCAGCCGAUGAGUGUUCCAAUGAUACCAAGUGGUUGACCCUGGGUGACCAUGUGGAGACCCAUUUUGCCCGCGGGGAGAGUGCCUACCUCUUGUUGCAGCUGGCCAUUCCGGGAUUCCGUACCCAGAACGUCAUUGGGGAAGGGCGGGCAAGCUCCGUGGGGCAGCUGAAGAUCGACUUUGAAACCAACUGCAGAGGGUUCUGCCAGUUUGCUCUCGUGUCUAAUGAGACCGGAAAGGAGGACAUAAUCCAGGCCUGGAACAAUAAGCAGGGCAGACAGCAAUACGUGUACAAUUUCAAGCAGAACGACAGUGUGGUGGUGUCCAUGGCCUUCCAGAACAGACAGGACGAUGACCUGACCUCUGUCAACAACUCCACCAUCAAGAUCUACGCUGUAGAGGUGACCAACACAGUCAAGGGCGGGGCUAGCACAUGUAGGCCCUGUCCCAAGGGGACUGACCAGAACGGGUGCAUUCCGUGUCCAGAUGGUCACUACAUCGAUGUCCAAUCAAACUCCUGUGUCCAGUGUCCCCCUCGGACGGUGGUCAGCUCCCACAAUGCUUAUGGGGCGGAAUCCUGCAAACCCUGUGGGUGGGGCCUAAUGGUGUACAAGGGACGCGCCUGCAUGUCAGAUGGCAACUACACUGAUGACAUGGGACACAACUUUGAUCUGAAGAAUCUCAGCACAAGUUUCCGGUUCCUUCAAGGGAGCCUACUCUUCACAUCUACUGGAACCCAGUAUUACCAUGGCUUCAACAUCUCCCUCUUUGGGGAACCAGACAAGUCCUUUGUGGUCUGCGAGAACAAUGUCACCACUGAUACGGAUGAUAGUUUUAACACUCAUCCGGGCAAACCAGACAUUUCCAAUGCAUUACAAGAACCCAAGCAACUGGUUGCUAAAAUUUGUCGUUCAACCCUUGUGCCUGCAACAGACUCGAAUAACUCCAAGGCUGUCAUGGCAACACAGUCUGUCAGCCUGGGGGACUACCUGGUGGAGAUUGUACGUAACAAGACGGUACUGACCAUCCCAGAUGCCAAGUGGAGCACGUACAGGGACCUGUAUCAGGAGAGUGGCUUUGAGGUCACAGGUAUGGACGGUGAUGUGCAGGUCCACUACCAGGCGUUUGGAACCACCAAGGCUUGCCCCAAUGGCCGCCACACGCUGAUAUCUCUGAGAUGUGACUUUGAACAGAAGGGUGAAGGUCAGCUGAAGCUGCCACCAAAGUGUUCAGACGGCACGUGUAACGGGUGUGUCUUUCAUUUCCUGUGGCUCACACGCCUAGCCUGCCCCGUGUGCAGAAAGGAGGACUUCAACAGGGUGGAGGGUGUGUGCAAGGCCGGGUACCAGACCAUACACUACAUAUCCACUGGGAACUGUAUCGUGCCCGACUACUUGCUGAACAUAAAUGAGGAAGUGAAGUGUACCAUGCAGCUUAUCUCUGCUCUACCGUUUUUGGUGCAGAUUGCAAUACCAGUGGUGUGUGGCAUCGUUCUGAUCUGCUUUAUGGUGGCAUGUAUCCUCUGGAGAAAGAACAAGAAGCUGGCCUACCGGUACAUGAAGCUGGUGGAGAAUUCCCAGACCGGAGAGGUGGAGCUACCUGGAGCAGACAGCUGUGGUCUGGAAGAGGACGAGGACAAUGAGGAUGGUGACUCGGUCACAAUCCGAGGCAGCAAGGGGGCCAGGUUCUUUAAGAAACUCUCCAACAAAAUCAAGAAGAUUGGGAGAUCCGACAAUGAGGACGCAUUUGAGUCUGCAGUGCUGAAUGAGCGGAUGCCUCUCACAUAGGAAUCCUACCCUCAAACCUGAUUGGUUGAUUGUGCAACAGCCGAGAGGCAUCAAACCUAAUUGGUUGAUUGUGCAACAACGGAGAGGCAAUGCAUCAAAGAGAUAUAUGAGUUUACAGAAGAAAUAAAAAUAUAUGUACUAUAAUAUUUAAAAAAAAUAUAACUUAAAAUGGAUUUUGCUAUAAUUAAACAAAUUGUAGUAAAUAUUAAGCGUAAAAAGUGUGUGUAAAAGACUGCGUUUUAUCAACAACAAAUAGUUUUUCAAUGACCUACGUUAUUUUUUUAUGUUCUGAUUUUUUGCUAAGGGUUGAGAUUGUGUUGAAUGAAGUUAAUAAUCAUGAUUUGUUUAUUUUGUCAACAUAAAACAAGUUUACUGUAGAUUUGUUAUGUAUUUUGUGUAUGUUUAUUUCAACUUUUUUUGUGUUUAUGUUUUUUUGUAAUUUUAACUUUCGAUUAUAUAAUCAUCAAGCUUAAGGAUUAAAAAUAUUUAGCAUAAAAUUAUGUGGCUAUCCGAGUAUUAAAUACCCAUUUUACAAACAUAUAUGUUCAUGUAACAUUCUGUUUCUUAUUCUUUGCCUAUAUUUUAUUUCAUUGUAAAAUGGUAAUCUCAUUUGUUUUUGGGAAGCAGGAUCUCCUUUGUAAUUUUCUUGCUCACAUAUACAUUAGUUGUUUACGUGUUUAUUCGAACCAUUUCCUGCUUAGAGGCAAAGUGUAAUUGGCUUUAUGUAGCUAGCAUAAAACCAGAAAAGCCUUGAAGUAGAUCCCACGCUGUUCAAGUUUUAUGCUGUUUGCUGCUCAUCAGUAUCUAAGGAUUGAAAACGAAGCCUUUACACUUUAAUUUAGAAUCUAUUAAGAAAUGUCUUUAAUUUAAUGUGAUUGUAUACAUGACUACACAUGAUUCAAUAUGCAUAUUUUAAGUGGUUAAGGUAAAACUUGGUUCUGCUUACAUCCAGAGAUGCAUAUAAGAUUGUGUCAUGUCUGGUGCCUUGCAUGUAGAAAAAUAUGUUGUGAGAUUUUGUUACAUACCUAAGAUAUGUGUGGCAUGCUUUUGCACUGCAUAAUGUUUUAACCAAAGAUAGUCAAGUAUAUCCAGAGUUACCUUUACUCAACAAGCUUUUUAAAUUUAACAUAAAUGCCUAUUAACCCUUUCCCACUUAAAAGCUAAGUGAAAAUGGCUAUAUGCAAACAGCAUAAUACCAGAACAGCCUGCGAGACACUCACAGUCUGUUCAGGUUUUAUGCUGUUUGCUGCUCAUCAGUAUCAAAGGGUUAGAAUUGAAACCUUUAAAACUUGGGUCUCGUAAAAAAGGCCUUUAAUUAAAAGUAACUUUCUAAGGGACUACAAACACGUCAAAAUACGGAUCUUGGUGGUAAUGGGUUAAGUUAGGUGUCUGCAUUUAUAUCCCAACACAUUUUAAGUCGCUUUAUAUUGCAUUCAAACAUCUACCUUGUUACUACUUUGAUGCAAACACAGCUUGACUUGAGUAUGCUUCUAACUAUUCAGGAUAUUAUGUGCGUAGGUUGCAGACUGAUGACUUCAUUUGCAUUCCUAACAACAGGUUUAAGAGAUUUAAAAAAAAAAGUUGUUUGCAAAUGAAAAAGGUUUCAAUGAUAUCUCAGGGUUUGUAUAAGAUCAGGUUUCUCCAUGAAACAGGAACCAAGAUUAAAAGACAUUGUUCGUAUUACAAAGGGUAACCUUGGAACAAAUUCUUGCAGAUAAACGCAACCAAUAGCAUGAUGCAUAACCUUCUAUACGCCUUUCCUAUAUUCGUGAACAUUGUUUGUAUUUGUAUUUUGAUGUCUUUAAAAAUGCAUUUACAUUUGCCUGAAAGAUCUUAUGAAUAGAAUUUUAUGUUUCGUCUACAUUUUUCAUUCCUAUAAGAUAACAUUUGAAAGAUUAGUUUACAUUUGUCAUUUCUUAAUGCAUGCAUUGUGUUGAUUUCUUGAAGUAUUCAUGACAUUUAUAUUGAUUAGUCCAGCACUUGUUUAUUACCCAAUACUUUGUGCAAUCUCAUAUUUACUUUACAAUCUGAAAUCCAGGGUAGAAACUGAUUAUUGGCUUUGUUUUUCUUUGCUUUAGUUUUUAUCCUAUUUACACUAUCCAUGAAGCCUGUAUCCAUGCUUGUUGUCCCCUACAGGUUUCACCGGAGGGGACUUAUGGUUUGCGCUCCGUCAGUCUGUCUGUCAGUCUGUCUGUCCCACUUUUCUGGAUCCUGCGAUAACUUUAAAAGUUCUUCAUAUUCUUUCAUGAAACUUGAAACAUGGAUAGAUGGCAAUAUGGACAUUAUGCUCGACAUUUCAUUGUGUUCUUACGCCAAAAAUUCUGGUUGCUAUGGCAACAAAUAGACUAGAAAUACUGCUGAAAAUGGUGGUUUUCUGGAUCCUGCGAUAACUUUAAAAGUUCUUAUAUUUUUUCAUGAAACUUGCAACAUGGAUAGAUGGUGAUAUGGACAUUAUGCAAGUCAUUUUAUUUUGUUCCUACAUCUAAAAUUGUGGUUGCUAUGGCAACCAAAAAAAUUAAAAAAAUUCUGAAAAUGAUGGAAUUUCUGACAAUGGUGGAGCCGGUAGGGGACCAUAUUGCUUGACAAAAGCAUUGUUGUUUUUGUUCUACAAACUAUUUAAUGAAUAAGGGAAUGGUAAGAAACGUAGGUUACUGAUAAGGCAAUUUUCCUCAAAUAUGCAUUUCUUCCCUCAAUUAUAUGUUCAUGCUAGGAACAAUGUAGUGCCACAAUUGACAUGUUAGAUUUGUCUUUUAGAAAUACACCUGAUGAGAUUGUAUUGAACUUGUAUGUAUAUCUCUUAUAUUCAAGUGAUAUUUUGCGCAUUUUUCACUGUUGAAUUGAGCUAAAAAGAAUUAACAGGUCAAAGAGUUAGUUAAAAUGUGGUAACUGACCAAUUAUCUGCAACUCAUCUUGCUACCAGUUGUUUAUAAAAAAAUAUAUAUUAUAUUUGAAAUUUUACAUGACUGUACAGUCCUCUAAGCUGAGCGGAACUGUCGUUUUAUUAGGAUCAGAGUUAGUGUUUGUGUGUCGUAUGAACGAAUCUGCACUAAAACUAAAUUUAGAUUCACAUCAUACAUCGAAUCAUUUCUGACGUCAGUUGUCAAAACGAAAGUACGGUUGAUAUUCAAAUGCAUUAUUUUUCUCUUUCCGGGAUAUUGUUUUAGUAUGUUGAUGCUGCCUUAACAAAUAUAAGUGUCUAUGAAGUGAAAACACCAAAAAUAAACAACGGUUGCGAUAGACACCUAUAAACAUAGCAUAUACUGUUAGAUGCGCAUAAUAUCACUUUCAUUGACGGUGAUACAAUUGUCUGUAAGGCUUGGUUCAGUACAUCAGAGGGUUGUGAAAUAGUGAGAGACUUGUGUGUGUUGCACGUAUUGCUUCAGAAUUCCAAACAUUUCUUAUAUAUUGUGCACUUUUACAGAUAUUUAUCUUUACAAUUGCCUUGAUCUUACUGUUUUUGUGUUAUUUAUAUCUUAAAUGGUGUAUUGAUUGUUGUAGAUUGGCUGGAUAUAUUGAUUGUUGUAGAUUGGCUGGAUAUAUUGAUUGUUGUAGAUUGGCUGGAUAUAUUGAUUGUUGUAGAUUGGCUGGAUAUAUUGAUUGUUGUAGAUUGGCUGGAUAUAUUGAUUGUUGUAGAUUGGCUGGAUGAGUGGAUGAGUAACCUUCAUGUUUAUAAUUGUAUUCUAGAAGAUAUUUUAUAAUUGGAACAAGAUCUGCAGUUGACGUGAUACAUUUUUGGGAAGAACUAUUUUGUUGUUGUUUUUCUUUUAAUAUUCUGUUCAUCUUUGAUACUACUGGUUGUGAAAAAAAUUGGAAUAAAUGCAGGGUUCAAUCAAACAUUGAAGUGCUUUGAUUAAAAUAGAUUGAUAUAUUUGAUAGAUUUUUGUUUAUUGUUAAUUUUAUUUAAUUGGUUAUAUAUUAUGUUUAAAUGAAUGUUCAUGUUUUGUUCUUCAUAAAUAAAGGGAAAAAAUUAACAUUGAAAGAAAUGAAGUAAAAAAUAAAAGUGUUCAUUCGUUCAAUGUAUUCAUAGUAAAUCAUUAUAAUCUAUGAUAAUAAUGUAAAAUUUAAAAAAGGUAGUUGUAGAGUUAAUUAGAAAUGUUUUAUAUUAAAUUUCUGUGAACAUUCCCCGUAGUUAAGAGAGAAUUUAGCACUGGAAGUAGUGUGUUGUAUAUAAUGUUCAUCUUCUUUGUUGGUUUUUUAAUGUCAAUAAAAGUAGUGCAAUUAAAAUAAUACAACACAUUAAAAUGGGUCAGUGUUUAUUUCUGUAGAUCAUUGAUCUCCAUAACGCAACAAUAUCUUUGGAACAUUUUUUUGUUAUUUCUUUUGCAAUCGUGUUGUUGUGAGUUAUAUAUUUAUUUUCAUGAGAUUAUAUAUUUUAUUUGUAUGGUAGGUAGGUAUAGGGUUCUUUGUUGUAAUUAGUAUAUAUAUAAUAAUAUAGAUAAUUGUUCUUGAAUGGACGAGCUAGCUUCAUUGGUGGAGUGUUUUGUUAAUGACUGAGUUUUUUUUUAUACUUAUUUUUUUAUUGUCAGUUUACAUAAGUUAGUUUCAUGUAAAUUGAAUGUUCAUUCUUUACGAGAAUGUCUUCCAUCUAUAGCUCAUCCUCAAAAGAAUUCUAAACCCCGCGAUGGAACUGUUUCUUUAUUCUUGUCAUUUGAAUGCUGUCACUUUUUGCUUAAUUUUGCAUUAAUCAAUAUUGCAUGUCACUGUUUCUGUUUAAAAGUGCUAGUGUUCACAAAAUUUAACAUAAAUAAUGUAAGUUUA